UCAAUAAAUAAUCAGUUGACAAAAAAAAAGUGAUGAUAGUGUGAGGUUUCAUUCAUCAACAUUCACGAGGAGGCCAAUUAAUCUCAGGUUGCACUUUGCCUUACCCACAAAGGAAUCAUUUACUGAAAUCAAGUUGCUAUAACAUGGCCCAUAAUAAGGUGUAUUAAUUUGGGCUUUAUAAGUAACCCAUCCAGAUUCAGGAUUUGAUACUUCUAGACAUUAUAUGCUUCUUUUGAUAUCCGAGGAUUAGCUAGUUAAAUACGUAUAUAAUCCACCUUUUGAUGUGAUACUGAUAUACGUAAGUCUAAAGUAUUACUGGUGGGCGCUUCUUUUUAGAACUUAUUUACAAAAUGAUGAAGUCAAAAAUCACUUUAGUUAGUUUUUCUCCGUAUAGCCACCCCUCACUUUAUUCUUUAAUUGAUUAAAAACGAGAACUUAGUGUAGUCUUUAAAACUCAAUGUUUAAGGAAAUGACGUAAAUGGAGAGAGUGGAGAUGCUGUUUUGAGUCACACAAAAGCAGCACGCUCUGCUUAUCUUGAAUGAUCUUUAUAAAGAAAGUGCACCAUGAAAAAGUGAGUACCAGUAAACAAUCUUUUCAUCGUUUAUUAAAAUAAGAAAACAUAGAAGAGUGGGAACAAAGAGAUUUUAUGUGAUUGGAGCCAAACUCGAACAAUGCCGUAGAAUUCUCCAAACUUUGCCACAAUGUCAAAUUGUCAAUAACUAUCACUAUUAAUUUUCCCCCAAAUUUACAUACACGACAACAGUCUUGUUUUGUUUUACGUUUUAGAUAUUAGAACCUCAUUAUUGUAUUUUGGUCGCAGAGGUAAAAUUUAAGAAAAAAAAGAAAAAGGACCACACUUGCUUGGCUACGAGUCUAGUCGUUUCCCUACGGACCAAUGCAGACUCACGGACUCACUCACACUUUCACUAGUGGCUCAAGACGCUAAUUCCUACGCGCACUACCCACAGUCCCAAUGCGAUUCUUCUCGGAAAACAUAAUUUUGACCGCCUCGGGUAAAAAUAAAAAAACACUCUUUUUUAAGAAAUACAUGAUUGAUUCUGUUAAACCAACAGCGCAGUAACUUUUACUAGAUGUUUAUGACUUGUACUAGUAUAAAGUUUACAAGAUGCGAAGAAAAUAUAAAAAUGAACAUAACAAUAACGAAACUUACACGUACCAUGUCAUUUUCUCCUACCUACACAAUUCAAUGGAAUGUUAGGUAUAAUUUGCACCAUAAGUUACUAUUUUUCACCAGAAAAUAAAAAAGUUAGUAUUUUUUAUAUUUUGUAAAGUUCGUAAUGCUGGAAAAUAAUAAAAUUUAUCGAGAUCCUGUUGAUACAAAAUAAAUAUAUUCACUGCCUAAAAACAUUUCACCACAAGCACGUGAUCUACUUCAUAGCCCCAAACUCUCUCCUAGUCCAAACGGACUUUAGAGCUUUGCAAAAAAAAAAAAAAAAUGUCACUGAAGCUUUUUCUCUUCUUCCUCCUCCUCCUCCUUCAUGUCUCCGCCGGAUUCUCAUCAUCGGAGCCGAACUACUUCAACUCCUUGCUUCCUUCCGACGCUGUCGCUCUACUCUCUUUCAAAUCCACCGCCGAUCUCGACAACAAGCUCCUGUAUUCCCUCACAGAGCGUUACGACUACUGCCAAUGGCGCGGCGUCAAAUGCGCACAGGGCCGCGUCGUUCGCCUUGUUCUCUCCGGCGUCGGCCUCCGUGGCUACUUCUCCUCCGCCACUCUUAGCCGCCUCGACCAGCUCCGAGUCCUGAGCCUCGAGAACAACUCCCUCUUCGGCCCCGUCCCCGAUCUCUCCGCUCUCGUUAACCUCAAGUCUCUCUUCCUCAGCCGGAACGAGUUCAACGGACCUUUCCCUCCUUCGAUUCCUUCCCUUCACCGGUUAAUGAUCCUCUCUCUCUCCCACAACAACUUCACCGGUCAGAUUCCAACUCAGAUAACCGCUCUCGACCGGUUAACUUCAUUAAAUCUCGAGUCUAACCGCUUUAACGGCACGCUCCCGUCGCUUAACCAGUCGUUUCUGACGUCCUUCAACGUCUCCGUUAACAACUUAACGGGAGUCAUCCCCGCUACACCGACUCUGUCUCGAUUCGACGCGUCGUCGUUUAAGUCCAACCCGGGGCUAUGCGGGGAGAUCAUUAACCGAGCGUGCGCUUCUUCACGCUCGCCCUUCUUCGGGUCGAGUAACAACAAAACGUCGUCGUCGUCUUCUUCGUCCUCGCAGGCUCCGUUGGGGCAAAGCGCGCAGGCGCAGAACGGAGGAGCGGUGGUUAUCUCUCCGGUUGUUUCGAAGAAGAAAGGUAAAGAAAAUGGGUUAGUACUGGGAUUCACCGUCGGUCUCGCGUCGCUCAUCGUCCUCGGUCUCUGCCUCGUCGUCUUCUCUCUAGUGAUAAAGAAACAAACCAAAGACGAGAUUUACGAACCGAGUCAAAAAGGAGACGCGUCAUCCUCCUCUCACCAGAAUCAAGCUCUGAGUACAAGAGCCGUACCAGUUUUGAAUCCGAACUCAAACUCAAGCUCCGUGGAGAAGCUUCAGUUUCGAGCCGCCGCCGCCACGGAGCCGCAGAGCCGAGUCCCAAACAGCGGGAAUCUGAUCUUCUGCGGCGGGGGCGGGGAAGGAGGUGAGUCGAGUCAAGGGAUGUACACUCUGGAGCAGCUGAUGCGAGCUUCGGCGGAGCUUCUGGGGAGAGGAUCGGUAGGGAUUACGUACAAGGCGGUGUUUGAUAACCAGCUCAUCGUGACGGUGAAGAGACUAGACGCGGCUAAAACGGCGGUUACAAGCGAAGAGGCGUUCGAGAAUCACAUGGAGAUUGUUGGUGGACUCAGGCACCAGAAUCUUGUUCCGAUUAGAGCUUACUUUCAGUCAAACGGAGAGAGACUCAUCAUCUUCGAUUACCAACCCAAUGGCAGCCUCUUCAAUCUCAUUCACGGUUCUAGAUCCUCGAGAGCAAAGCCAUUACAUUGGACAUCAUGUUUAAAGAUUGCAGAAGAUGUUGCCCAAGGCUUGUACUACAUUCACCAAACAUCGUCAGCAUUAGUCCAUGGAAACCUUAAAUCAACUAACAUCCUCCUCGGACAUGACUUCGAAGCUUGUUUAACUGAUUACUGCCUCAGCGUCUUAACAGAUUCAUCUUCUUCUUCUAAUGAUGAUGAUCCGGACUCUUCCUCUUACAAAGCCCCUGAGAUCAGAAAAUCAUCUCGUAGACCAACUUCCAAAUGCGACGUCUACUCGUUUGGUGUCUUGAUCUUUGAGCUUUUGACCGGUAAGAACGCGUCCAGGCAUCCGUUUAUGGCGCCUCAUGAUAUGCUUGAUUGGGUUAGAGCAAUGAGAGAAGAAGAGGAAGGAGCAGAGGAUAAUAGGCUUGGCAUGAUGACUGAAACAGCUUGUCUUUGCCGUGUGACGUCGCCCGAGCAAAGACCGACGAUGAGACAAGUGAUCAAGAUGAUUCAGGAGAUUAAAGAGAGUGUUAUGGCGGAAGAGAACGAUCCUUUCCAGUGAAACCAAUCUCGUAGGGCUUCCUCCGACCAGUUUUCCCAAGGGAGGGGGUUAAUUUAGUCAAAAAGGAGAAUAUAGAUGCGUAAAUGUAAUUUUCUUAGGAUAUGGGGUCGGAUUUGUAACAUCGUUGAACUUUGCAGAGCAAAAGUCAAACAAAGAUGCUUUUUCGUCUUUUUCGUAGAAUGACCUAUUCAAAACCAGAUGCCUUUGCCAAAAUAUCAAUACUAUUAAAAUUGAAGAAGUUUUAAUAAAUCUACUUAAAAAAGUUGUUUGGACUCUUUUAUUAACUAAUAAUAUUCUGGUUUUACUUUGAUUUGGACAAACAAUAUGUUACCUUUAAUUUCUCUAACAAUUAUUUAGUCAAAGCUUUUAUUUAUUGGACCCAUAUCUUUUUGUAAACGAAAAGAUUAUACCAUAUAUAUACUACCACAUAAAUUUGGUUCACGAAAAUAUAAUAUCACAUACACUUUAUUAUACUCUUCUCUAAAUAUGUCUCAUUAACUUCAUAAUUAAGAUAAAUUUAAAAAUUAUAUAUUAUCUUAAUUUUAUUUUAUUGAUAAAUAACAAUUUAAUAUUUAAGAUAAGCUUAAAUUAUCAAAAACCAAACAAAUCUUUUUUUACUGCUCAACAAAAAACCUACAAAUCUAUACUAUUAAUUUAGUCAAAAACCUCUCAAAUAAAUCUUAAGUUUCACCAACUUAACAAAUGUAACUUUUAUAAAAUGCACAAAAAUAUAGUGAAAUGUUAGAUUUGGUCAUUCGGAUCUUCGGGUCAAAUAUAAAUCGGUUUCUUUCAGAUCCAAGUUCUUUGGGUCUUGGGCAUUUAUAUCCAACUAGGUAUUUGAAUGAUUUUUGUUCAGAUCGGUUCCUUUUAGUUCCAGGUCAGUUUGAGUCAAUAAUUCAAGUAUCUAUAAAAUUUACUAUGUAAUUUGGCUACGUAAUGAGUCUAGCUCGGUUCGAGUAUUUCACACAAAAAGAUUUAAAGAAUCCGAAAAGUCAAAAAAUCAAAACAUGAAAAUACCCAAA